AUGGAAGCCAAGGACUAUCCUCCCAGUUUCACUAGUCGGAGUUCAGGCUUUCUUCCAUCAGAUCAACAGUCUGACAGCAGGAUUAUCACGGAUGACGAGAAGUUACCUCCUGUUGAUGGAGGUACACAAGCAUGGCUAUUUCUUAUAGCUUCUGCAAUGCUUGAGUCUUUAGUAUGGGGUUACGCUUUUGCAUUUGGAGUCUUCCAGGACUACUACAGUUCACAUCCGCCAUUUGAAGGGUCGGGGCAUAUUGCUGUUAUUGGAACUUGUGCUAUGGGCAUCGCGUAUCUCCUCGCUCCAGCGGCAAUCAUUUUCAUGAUUUUGGUGCCUUCAUUUGCUCGUUGGGUAUCCACAGCUGGCGUUUGCAUUAUGUGCUUCUCUUUGGCAAUGAGCUCAUUUUCCACCAAUGUGACGCACCUCAUCUUGUCACAGGGAAUUGGCUUUGGCACUGGUGGUUGCUUAGCAUACACCCCCACAAUCUUGUUCAUGUCAGAGUGGUUUGCCAAGCGAAAAGGCCUUGCAUUUGGAAUUGUCUGGGCAGGGUCCGGUAUAUCGGGUAUCAUUUUCCCACUCGCUAUACAAUGGCUACUUGACCAGUAUGGAAUAGAAGCAACACUCCGCAUCUCAGCAGUGACUCUAUUCAUUCUCGCCGCGCCUUUUCUCUACUUCCACCGACCUAGAAUCCCCAUGACUGAGGUUGCGUACCACAGGCUUAACUUCCAUUUCUUGUACGACAAGACUUUUAUCGUUUACCAGCUUGGAAACACCCUGGAAGCAGUUGGAUUCUUCUUGCCGACAGUCUACCUCCCCACAUUCGCGCGCAGCCUCGGAGCCAAUGACUUUAUGUCUUCGCUCACCGUGACCCUGGUUAACCUGACCACUGUAUUCGGCUCCGUGUGCAUGGGAUUCCUUUCAGACCGGUAUCAUAUCACAACAUGUAUCUUGAUCUCGACUGUCGGCACCGUCCUAGCCGUCUUUUUCCUUUGGGGCUUUGCCACCUCCAUCGCGCCAUUAUACAUAUUCUGCAUUGCAUACGGCCUCCUCGCGGGCGGUUUUUCGUCUACGUGGGCGGGUGUUUCCAACGAAGUACAACGCGCCAACCCCACCGCAGACGCAACGGUCAUCUUCCCAUUCAUGGAGACUGGCCGUGGAAUCGGCAAUGUCGCCAGUGGUCCGCUAAGCGAGGCUCUCCUCAAAGCAGACAACUGGCGCGGACAUGCAUAUGGUGCCUAUGGAAGUGGCUACGGUACGCUGGUUGUCUGCACCGGCGCCACUGCGCUGAUGGGUGGGAUCUGUGUUGUGGCGCGUCAAUUCAAGUGGAUAUAG